AAGAAAAAUCAAUACAGCAAGUCAGGAGCAAUUGGAAGUUCAAGGGCACGGGCUGGUUGUACCAUUUCUAUUUCUCGCAUCCCCGAGUUGGACAUCACCAGCAUCGGGAGAGAGAAACACACAGCGCGCGGGGCAAAGACCUUAAUUAAAGUUUCUUUUGUCCGCGUCUGAAUUGGGGGAUGUCGCUGGAUUCCUUUGCAUUGGGGAGCGCGCAUCCGGUGGAGAAGGCGCGGUGCAGAAGAUCCAGACCAGAUCGUCCUCUUUAAUACUCCCUCCCCACCCACCCCCCAACAACAGUCCGGGAAAAUAUACCCAUAAACCCAUACAAUAAAGGGGAGGAGGAGACGCGCGCGGAGUUGGUUCCCAUCGGAUAGCGGGCUUUCAUAAACAGAUCCGAAUCCUCAUUUUCCAAGGUUUUUCCCAAUCGUUUAUUCUGGGGCAGAAUCUCUCACCGAGAGGCACGAUUUCACCCCCUCGCAGUCAACACUUCCUGCCCUUUUCUCCUCCCACUCACAUUGAAAAGCUUGGGAGCCCUAAAAGGGUGUUGAUGGCGGGGGUGAUAAAUAAAUAAAUAAAUGACACUCUACGCGUGCGGUGGGGAAGAAAGGAGGGGGGGGGAGGGCGAGGAGAGGGAAGAGAAAAAGUAGGGAGAGGAGAACAAGGAGGAGAAAUCACAGAGGCGAAAGGGAGACGGGAGUCAAAGAAAGAGAAGAGAAAGAAGAAAGGAGAGAGGAGGACGGUAAGGCUUGCUCAGAAGUGAAAUGCCCCUGGCUUUGUGCAGAACUGGGAGAACUCCCCCUUCAAGGUGCCCGGAGGGACCGGGGGAAGUCCUCCUGCCCCGAGCUCCUCCCCCGGGACCCCAGGGGUGUCUGAGCGCCGGUGCCGCUCCCCCACAAAAUUCCUCGUGGCAACGAGAGGAAGCGCGCCAGGUCUCCGCCGUCCCUUCAGUGCCCCAGCUGAUAAUUUACCUCUUUGUCUUUAAUAAAAAGCUGACUUUCUCUGUCAAGUCCCGCACCAGGAAAAUAACAAUCGUAUUUCAGGUUGAAAGCCACUAUUACCGCUGGGUUUUGGAGGCUGUGAUAAAAAUCUUCCUCGACGUGAAGGUACCUUCUGGGUUGGCUUGGGUCGGAAGUCCUAAGAUGGGGGCCGCCCUUCCCCGGGGGCAGGGUCGCACGGAACCAGGCGGUGGGGAGGGAGGAGGAAGCGCCGAGGUCAGAGGAAACCCAAGGCUCCUGGGGCACCAAAGGGCUGCCCGCAGUCGGGGAAUGAGCCCUGGGGAGGAGCCUUUUUGCGAGAAUGCGAGCGCGCCCCAACACGCUUCAGACCUCAUAAACCCACUUGGCAAAGACCCGGGAAGCGGCUGGCAGACCGACUGCGGCGAACUCGAGAAAUUAACCUGCGCUACAAUUAAACGGGCUGCCGCCCUUUCAGACUCACCUCCAGCGACCGAAACAGAGAGCUCCCGAACCGGCCGCGGGGGGACCUGGCUCCUCCCUCCCCGUCCCAGGAGAAGAGGACAAAAAGGAGAGAUGGACUUGGAGAUGGCCCCGCCCUUCAAACGCUCCAAUCCUUGGAAACUAAACCUCCUCUCCAAGCCUCCACGUCUAGAAGGGACAAAGGCAGCGAGGAGAUCCAGAGACCGAUGGGUGGCUUUCGGGCUUCUCAUGUGGGUGCAUUGGGGGAAAGGUACAAUGGCUAAGUUUCCAUUCCAAAUACAGGACAGUCUUUAAGAAGACCAUCUUCUGGUUGAGCAGCGAAUUGACUUCCCCAAGCCGUGAAGCGAACUAUUGCAAAACUCCCGCAAAGCCCUGCUUUUUGAAUGUAGGAAGGCUAAAUUUUCAAUUAAUGAUGCCAUUCACAAUUUCUUCGACUUUUUUGGAGUCACAAGUGCCUUAACUCUCCAACUAAAAUAACAAAGAAAUUUAACAUGGUUGGGGAUUAGGCUUUUUGUUCGCUUGUUUUUAUUGGGGGCAGUUUUCUUUCAAAUGAUAGUAAAGCAACCGGAUAAAUAAAAGCUGGGUCAGUCAAGGAAAGCGCUGUGGCUGAAGGUUUUAGUGAAAACCUUGAUAAAGUUGGCACUUAAGUAACUGUAAUUAUGCUUUGCCAUUAGCGGACAAUUAAGAUAACAGGAGAAAGUUCUCACCUCCUGCUAUGUCAUUCCUUAAGAAUAUUCACAAGGAUAACACAAGCCUAGUUGGUGGGGUAUCUUCUCCCCAGGAAGGUUCAUUUCUAAAUUUUUUGCAUUGAAGAUGGAAAAGCUUAGGUUUUGUGCACAGCCAACAAUGUGAGGGAAGUCUCAUGGGGACAUGUUGACUGCAUGAAAUUUGCCUUUUGCUGCUGUAUCCCAU